AUGGAAGAAACUUUCUCGUCUUUGAACAUUAAAGAUGUUGAGCAAAAAACUGUAGAGGGAACGGCUGAAUUUUGGGAUUGCCCAUGGCAUCCAGCAAUCAAAGAAAUAAAUCAAGUGAUCAAAAAUGGGAAGAAAUUGGAUUUGUCUUCGUUCUGGAUCUUUUUGGAUCAUAAUUACGAACUUUCUACGUGGUGUUGCCAAUGUCGCGAAACAGUCUUUGAUAUGGAUCAAGAAGAAAUAAUUAAGCUUUUAGAAGGGAACACUUAUUCUUAUAAAUUUUUUGUCUGUUCUGAGUGUGCUCAGAUCAUUAAAUACGCUACAUUUCAUUAUUAA